AUGGAGCCCGAGGGCCCCGAGAGUGAUAGCAGGGAGUCUCUCCCCAUUCGGCGCGCAAUUGUCUGUCGCACCACAGGCGCUGGUCAAAAGCCUCGCGAGCCACGGAGACGAGUCCUAAUUUCCGAUCAAUAUGAAAAGAAAAUUGAUUUGAUCGAAGAUCGCCUGUCCAGCAUCGAACAAGUCCUCCGUGACGUGAAGGCCACUGUUACCUCCAGUACUCCUGCCGAGACCUGCUUCCAUGCAACGCCAGAUUCAAGACAGAUGACUUCGUCUGCUUCUGGACUUGCGUCUGACGUCAACGCCGCACUAGACGAACACGAGUCUGGCCCUGCGUUCGAGGGUAAUUCAUCUCUUGCAGCCCAUUCCGCCUAUGCGAGUCAGUUUCUCGAGACAGCAGUCUCACGCAGCGCGUUGCAACUAUCCAGCCCAACGAUCAACACCGCCCUUUCAACGCUCAAGCAGCUUGUCAACAUGCAGGAUCAUCAGGCCCAUCCUUCUUCACGCGACGUUCGCUUCCCCAACCAGAAAGCUAUACCGAGAUCAGGACUGCGGAAUCUGAACCUGCCUCCUGUACAGGUUGUCUUGCCGCUGUUGCGCCAUGUAAAAGAGGAACAUGCAACCACCUUGCUAGGGUUCUUCCCUUUUAUCACACCAGACAGUCUUUUUGAGAAGUGCCGCCAGGUGUACUUUGCCACCGAGGAAUACUCCGACGCUACGUUUAUCGUGGUGAAUGCAUGCUUGGUGUAUCUCUUUGGUGAAAUUAGCUUUUCCGAAAGUGAUACCACAAAGCGAGAAAUGUAUGAUAAAUACCACAACCUUUGUCGGGUUAACCUGGAGACAGGUCUAGCGAACCUGAAUCUUCUGACGCCCGCCACAAUGGAUUCUAUAGAAGCGCUUAGCAUGGGUGCUCUCCACGCUAUUGAGACUUCGAAACCCUCCUUAGGUUUGGCGUUGGCAUCAACUGCAUUCCGGCUAUGCCAGACGCUCGGUUAUCAUCGAGCUUCCUCAAUGGAGAAUGACAGUUUCACCGUGAGGCAAAAUAAGCGCCGUCUAUUUUGGUCAGUUUAUGUCACAGAGAAAGCCCUUUCGCUGCGGCUCGGCCGCGCCUCAUCCAUACAGGAUUAUGAUAUUUCAUUACCUGCAGAAGAUGGACUUCUUGGAGAUUUCGAGCCGUGGAGAACUAUCUAUCCGCUGUGGAUUAAUCUGGCCAGAAUACAGGGUAAAGUGUAUGAGAUGCUCUACAGCCCUGCAGCCCUGCGUAAACCUGCAAACGAAAGGGCAUCACAUGCCCGUCAGUUGGCAGCAGAGAUGCAAAUGAGCGUUGAAGAGCCAUUUAAGAAGGCUAGCCCCAAAUUCUCGAAUAUCUCUCCGCUUGACGAAAUUUAUCUCAUGUCGGAUGAGGUCUGCCGCCUCUCUGUGUUGACCCUAAUAUACAGAGCUAUCCCUGCGGCUGAAGAUAGUCGCAGCACAUUCAUAGACGAAUGCAUCGAGACAGCACGAGUGACGCUGGAACUACACCAAAGUUGCAUGACGAUGAUGGAGGAAGGUAACCGAAGUAAUGCAGUCAAGUGUUCCUACCUACACUGGACGGUAAUGUACUCGCCAUUCGUGCCGUUUAUAGUGCUGUUUUGCCAUGUUAUCGAAUCAAUGUCCUAUUCAGACCUGGUACGACUGGAAGACUUUGUCAAUUCGCUCCAGCCCAACUGUUCAUCAUCGGAGGCUAUUGCGAAAAUGCAUCGGCUCUGCCAGGUCCUCAGCAACGUUGCGAGACUAUAUGUCGAGGCAAAGGCGCAGGCUCAAACGCAAGAGAACGAAGAUCUGGCGUCUGUGGGCCAAGAAUUCGAUGUUUAUCUUAGUGCUCUUGGCUUGGCGCCUACACAGCCCGAAGGUGGUGAUGUUCGAUGGAAUGGCCCUAUUCCUGCGCCGGGACCGAUCCCCCAAGGCUUGGGCGAAGGAGCUGAAGGCCAAGCAUGCCCGAACACUAUGCCCCCGACUACAUUGGGCAGCUGGUUCUCGGGAAAUCAACAUAUGUUAGGACUUUUAGAGGAGGAUCUAUCACUUUUUGAUCCUUCUGCAUGGUCUUGA